UCCGGGGAUAAGACGGAAGAAAGAGGCGGAAAGGACGGAGAAGACGGGAGGAGCGGCCGCCUACAACUGGCCCUUUGCCAAACUUUUUGUUAGGAAUUCACUAUUUAAAGUGAAAUCACCCAAAAAUAAAUCUUAGGACUAAACUCCGCUCCUGUCCUUCCAGAAUGAAUCCAGAAUUAAUCGACAUAUUCUCCGAGGAGCUGAAGAUUGUGGGCAACACAAUGGGGGAGGUGCAAGGCGUCCCCCUCCCCGAAACCAGCUGCGAAAUCUGGGAGCAGAUCUACAACUUCCAGGCGCGAGAAGAUGACAUCCUGAUCGCUACCUACCCCAAAGCAGGGACUACAUGGAUCCAGGAGAUCGUGGACCUGAUAAUGCUAGAUGGAGACGUGGAGAAGAGCAUGCGGGCCCCGUGCUUUAUCAAGGUGCCGUUCAUAGACCUCUAUCCAAAGCCGAUGCCGCCAGGUGUGGAGGCCGCGAACGACAUGGAGUCACCGCGUCUCCUAAAAACUCAUUUACCAACACAACUUCUACCGCCAUCUUUUUGGGAGAAGAACGUCAAGGUAAUUUACGUUGCUCGGAAUGUCAAAGACUGUAUGGUCUCCUACUUCCACUUCCAGAGGAUGAAUAAAAGUCUGCCACAUCCGGGGACCUGGAAUGAAUAUUUCUCCAAGUUCACGGCUGGAAAUGUUCCUUGGGGAAGCUGGUUUGACCAUGUUAUCGGAUGGUGGAAAGCAAAAGACAAGUGCCAGAUCCUCUAUGUCUUCUUCGAGGACGUAAUUGAGGACCCAAAGAGAGAAAUAAGAAAAAUAUCACAGUUUCUGGGGAAGGAGCUGAGAGAGGAGGUUCUGGACACCAUCCAGCACCACACGUCGUUCAGCGCCAUGAAGGAGAACCCAAUGACCAAUUACAGUAUUCUGCCCUCAUGUGUAUUUGACCAGUCCGUCUCCCCCUUCAUGAGGAAAGGUAAAGUUGGAGACUGGAAGAAUCAUUUCUUGGUGGCUCAAAAUAUUGUGUUUGAUGAGGAAUACCAGAAGAAGAUGGAGGGGAUCGGGCUGAACUUCCGCACCGAGCUAUGAAGCAACUAAAAUGGCUGCCAUGACACAAAGUUUUAUUUUUUUAAAUGUGAGGUGGGUGGAAUAAUAACCCCCCCCCCCCCCACCCCGACCACGUAGACCCUCUCACCGUCUCAAGACUUAGGGAGAAUUGACAGGUUUGGAGAUGUACAUGAUAGAUAUAAAUUAAUCACUGGGAGGUUUGACCAUAAAGUCAAUCUCCAGGCUCCUCCCCCUCAUUGAGUCUCUUUUCCUAAUUAAUGAGACUCCCUUUAAUUAGGCCCCUCCCCUCAGUCUACGUGAUGCAGUUUCCAGAUCUCACCGGUGGUUUUGUCCAUGCAGCUCUUCAUGCAUUGAUUUCUGAACAAACAGAGCUGCAGUGUAAAGCAUGGUGAAGGGAUAGUGGGUGGGUUGUAAACUACCUCAGACUCCAGUGAGACAAUACAGCUAAGUGUACUUUCACACCAGCGUUAAAGUUUUUCGGUAAUAAGUUCCGUCAUAGGGGCUCAAUACCGGAAAAAAAAUGCAUCAGUUUGUCAUAAUGCAUUCUGACUGGAAAGCAAUCCGUUGAGGAUGUCCUCCGUUCCGUCCCUUUACGGUAUUUGGCGGGAGAAAAUACCGCAGCAUGAUGCAUUUUUUUCUCCGGGUAAAAUUCCGGAACGGCAUUGAAUUGUAUAAGUGCAUUAAAAUUGCCGCAUUGACG